GAAUGUGGCAUUUAUCUGCUGCCUUGGAUUAUUGACAAAAGUGUGAUAACGAUCCCGGAGUUGCUGCAGGCGCACUUCAGCGAGGAGUCUUGGCCGUCCACAUCGGCAGUCGUCCUUCGCUUGGAGCAGUGUUCGGGAAGGCGGUUGAGCUGGACUGAUGUGGACGCGGCAUGCAAGGGCGAGGCAUGUGGUCCUGUGCGGGCGUCGUACAGAGUGUCGGGUUUCAUCUGGCACGGCAAUGCGCACUACGUGGCGUACCUGGUCUGUGGUAGACAAUGGUAUUGCUUGAAUGAUGCAGUGAUUUCCGAGGUUGGUGUCGGUGAUCUGCCUUCUGAAGCUUGCUUGGUUUUUAUGGAGAAGACGAUGCGCCGGAAAGGGAGUUCUGGCGAAAGCAGUGAUGCAGCUCUGUGUCGUCUGUGUGUGGGGCAGUUUGCUAGGCGCGUUGCGCUCCAGCGUGCGAUCCGGAUUGGAAAGCCGCUUGACAAGCUCGGCCCUGGCCGGAACCAGUCUGGCCGGAAACAGCACCAGGAGCGGGCUGGCCGGAACAACCAGGAGCGGGCUGGCCGGAACCAGGAGCGGGCUGGCCGGAACCAGGAGCGGGCUGGCCGGAACCAGGAGCGGGCUGGCCGGAACCAGGAGCGGUCUGGCCGGAACCAGGAGCGGUCUGGCCGGAACCAGGAGCGGUCUGGCCGGAACGAGCGGUCUGGCCUGAACCAGGAGCGGUCUGGCCGGAACAAGGAGCGGCAACGGCAAGACGAAGUCUUUUCGGCCAGAGCUUGGUCCAGCAAUCUGGACGGCGGCAGGGGCGACCAAGCCAACGAGGCGGACAACCCUUUCAAGCGCUUUCAGCAUGCGUCUCGGUUGCAUGUGCGCGAGGGCAAGGAGAAGCUGAUGAUGUGGCCGCAGAAGCCGCUUCAAAUGGCGGAGCAGCCUUGUCUCCUCUGUGACGGCGUCGGCUUCGCGGUGCGGGAAGAACUUCUGGCUCACAUCGACGAAAUGCAUGGAGGGUUGCAGAGAUAUCGGAACGCCUACCUGCACCUGGAGUCCUUGUGUCCGCACAUCGUUGCAGGCUCCGAAGUGCGACACUAUGUGAGCAACUACGCCGAGUUUUUGCGUCGGUCCGCCAUGGACUGGGAGGCAUCGGCGCUGUCGUGCGCGCGGGAGCGGAUCGGAUGUGCUUUCUGUGCAAGGUGCUUUUGGCGCGAAUCUAUGCAAGAGUGUUUUUUGAAGGGACCGAAAUGUUGUAUGGCAGCGGCAGAAACUGUCUGGGAGAUGUUGUCCGUCAAACGUUACCACGAGAGAUGGCCGCUCAUUCCGACGAAGGAGUUAGAAGCCUCGAGUGUCGACGUGGGCACGGCUCGAUGUCCUGUUCUUGUCUUGCUGCACAAACGCCGGGUAACGGGUGAUAUGGUGCGGGGGAAUGCUCCUGCGGCCGUAUGUGAAGAUUGCGUGGAAGCUUUCUCAGGGCGGAAGCCUUGGCUUUGCAAAUACGCCCUGGCGAACGAUCUGUGGUUGGGCCGUCCCGAUCCAUUACUCUGGAAAGCCAACAUGACGCACGAAAUGUGUCUGGCGUUGGCGAGGACUGUUGCCACGAAAGUAGUGUUGCGCGCCGGGGGCGCCUCUCAAGCCGAGAGCAGCAACAGGCCGAGCAACUCGUGGGACUACGUCUUUCAGCAGUCCGGUUUGGUGGGAUCUGCGGUUGUUUUCCAUAAUGGGGAUGCCGAGUAUGCGCUGGAGAGCUUGCCACCUACCAAGCUCAACGACGCUUUGGCAGUAUCCUUUUGCGUUGACCUGCCAAGCGCGGGAAUGCAGGAGCAAAGCAGGGCGGCGGUGAGCCGAAUUGCGCGGCUGCAGCUUCACAAGGAGGAGUUUGUUCAGCAAGCUGAAGCUUUGCGAGAGACGAACCCGGUCUAUCGAAGUGGCGUGGACGAAAUCAAUCGAGAGCUUUUGGCUGAAUGGUUUUCCAGCGAGGACUUAUUCGUUUGUCAGUGUUGUCUUGUCUGGACGGGCCCGGCGCGGUUCGGCAAACCGGGCCAGCGGAGGCAACUGAAGCUGCCUGAGACCUGCGUGCUCGCCAUGGAGCCGCAGGUGGAGGACUUCAAUUCCCGCGGCCGAGAAAUCUCUAUGCUGGUCGUGAGCAUGUUGCAGAAGUUGGAAGAGUUGCAAGAUGCUGGCGCUCGGUCUGUUGCUCUGGAGAUGGAAACCAUGGUGGAUGAGCAGCGCACUCUGGUGGAUCACCUGGGCCGCCAACACAUUCUGGAACUCUGCCGCCAAAUUCACGAGUCUUGCAGGCAACUUUCCGCUGCGGAGAAGCAAAGUCGUCUGGAGCGCGAGUUGCGAGAUGCCGUCAUGGGCAAGUCUCGAUGGUUGAAUGCUUCGGAAGCAGCUCUCGCGCCGCGUGUUGCGGAACAGGAGGAUGAUCGGCCUGCGCCGGAAGAAGCAGAUCAUGUGCAUGGAGAUGCGGCGGAGGAGGACGGUCAGGCCGCGCAUCUGUUGGUGGCACGUGGCAAGCAGCCAUUGAGUUUGUGGGAUUGGAAGAUUUGGACGAUGGCCAAGCCGAGGUUGUGGCGAUAUGGUGAUGCUGGAAAUCUCUUCGAGAGGGACACAAACCUGUCUACUUCCGAGUGGGCCGCCUGUCUGCUUUUACGCGAAGAGCUUGCCUAUGCUGUCGACGGGGAGCUUGAUGAAGGGGAUGCGGCGUUGCGACCCGUAUUGGGAAGUCAGCCCGCGUCGGAUCCUUCGGAGGCAGUGCGACCCGUAUUGGGGACCCAGCCCGCGCAAAAUCGUUUCUCCGGCGAUUGGACAGCAUUACACAUGAUGGCGACUGUGUCUCGUCUGACUGAUCAACGCGCUGCCGCAUACAAUUUCCUGAAAAACGGUGGCAUGGCAUUUGCGAAGAAACUACGGGAACUCAGCGCAGAGGAUCUCGCCAGUGCCGCCCGCGCCGCGCCGCAGGCCGGGGGUACGGAUCAGUUUUUCAAAGAAGCUGCAGUGCCGCAGACAGUGAAGGAUGCGCUGCACGCCAUGAAUGCGGCUUCUGCCACAGUGUUGGGCACCGAUGGUCAUCGUCGACUGUGUCGGCGCGAGGGCGUCGCUUACAUGGAAGCGUUCGGACCUCCGUUGAUUUUCCUGACUCCAAACGUAGCGGAUACUCAGCAUCCGUUGCUUCUGGUGGUUCAAGGGGAAGUCGUCGAUCUGGGUGCUGUGAGCGGAGAUAUGGAGACAGUCCUGCCAAAGUAUCGGGACAUGCUGCGACGCUUGGCACAGGAUCCUGUGGCUCUGACCGUUCAGUUCGAGCUUUUGAUGCGUCUGUUUUUCCAGCAUGUCCUGAAUGUUCGACCAGACACACUGGAUUGCCGACGCAACGCGCCUCGCCGCGGAGCGAGGGAGUGGUGCAGCGAUGGUGUGGCGGCGGCUUCUACUGGCGCUGGCAUGUUGGGUCCCAUUCUGGCUUUCCGCGGCGAAAUCGAAGCUCAGGGUCGGGGAUCUUUGCAUCCUCACAUUUUGGUUUGGCUCGUUUGUCGUCAUAUGCAAGUUGUCAGCGAUCUGGCGAGAAUGCUGCGUGAAGAGAAACAUGUGCUUCAAGAACGCCUCCGAACUUUCAUGCGCAUGACGGUCGCCAGUUUCGAAUCCAUAGCCCAUGCAUCGGUGCAAGCUGCGCCGCGCAUUUUCGGCGAUCUGGACGCGGGUCGGCCUGUGCCCGUCAGCUCUGUGGCGGGCAACUUGUGCAAGUAUGAUGGCGGGUGCGAUUUGGAUUUGUUGAGAGAGAUGACGGACUUGUCCGAAGACCAGCAACGAUUUCUUAGCGCUUCUUCAGAAGAGGCCUGGCGGCGACCCGAAAUGCAUCUGGAGGAUUCGACAGGCGGCGCUUCGUCGAUUUUCAGUACUCCGAUUAACUGUCUGCCGGUGGCGCAGACUCCAGGCUAUCGCCUGCGGAGUGUGCUCGCCGCUGAAGCAGACCCGACAGCUGAUGCCGAUGCGUGGCAGUUGGCGUUUUUCCAGGAUCUGCACGAUCUGGCUCCUUCGCUCCUGAAGCACAUGUGCAGCGAGUCGUGCUACAAGUAUUCGGAUUCCUCUGCGACUCGAUGGAAGAUCUGUCGACACGGCUAUUAUCACGUGGUCUUUUUGUGUGAAGGCUGCCGAGCACGUCGCAAAGGCAAGCCGCUGCGACCCGUCAUUCACAUUGGCAGUGCUGCAGAGAUGGAGUUUGGCUCCGCCGGCAAAAUGCGUCCGAUUCAAUUGACUCCUUUCGAAGUGCAGACCUGCUACGGCGGCACCGUCGCGGGCAGGCAUAAUUUGGACGUCCAGGACAUGCGGCGCGUGCUCGAUCCCGCUUUGUGGCUGAGGGCGAGUGAAAGACUGCCUCAGAUCGCUGGUCCGGCUAAGCAACUUGGCUACAUGGCCGAGUACGAGUGGAACGGCACAGAGUACGAGUCGCGUUCGCCGUUCUCAGCCGUGUCUGUGUCCUGGGCAUCUCGACGACGGCUAGCAGCCGGGUUUCGGGAAGAUUGGUUGCAAGCGCAUCGAGGCAGGAAGUCAAGAGAUGAGUCGCGUGACCCGUAUUGGGAAGCCGACACCGCCGGGAACACUUCCUCGUCUAGCUCUUCUUCCUCUUCAGAGGCAGACGGGGAGAUCGACCUGGACAAGGCCAUUCGCUGUGGAAUCAGCGAAGCAUUCGCAGAUGGCAUCAACAGCGGCUUUUACGUGAACAGACUCUGGGCGUUAGUAACUGUGCUCCAGGUGAUAGGUGAUAGAAUGCUAGAAUGGAAAUAG